AGAUUAGUUGCGCCUUGUAGGGGAGCAAGUUUGAAUGGUUCUGUGUGGUGUUCUCUGAACCCUGCUGCUGGAUGCUCUGAGGCACUCUCAGGCCAGCCCCGAAGUUGCAACAUGGUGAGCACGAGCAAGCCCCGAAAUUGCAACAUGAAUACAGUGACCUAUGAUGAUGUGUAUGUGAACUUCACUGAAGAAGAAUGGGCUUUACUGGAUCCUUUACAGAAGAAUCUCUACAAAGAUGUGAUGCUGGAGACCCUCAGGAAUCUAACUGUUAUAGGCUACAAUUGGGAAGACCAUAAUAUUGAAGAACAUUGUCAAUAUUCUAGAAGACAUGGAAGGCAUGAAGGAAGUCAUAUUGGAGAGAAAGGCUAUGAAUUUAUUCAGUGUGAUAAAGCCUCUGCAUGUCAUAGUUAUCCUCAAAGGCAUGAAAGAAUUCAUACUGAAGAGAAAUCCUGUGAAGAUAUUCAACAUGGUAAAGACCUUGCAGGACACAGUGAUCUCCAAAAACAUAACAGAACACAUACUGGAGAGAAACUGUACAAAUGUAAUGAGUGUGGUAAAGCCUUUGCCUAUCAUAAUUCUCUUAAAAUACAUAAGAGAAUACAUACUGGAGAGAAACCCUACAUAUGUAAUGAAUGUGGUAUAGCUUUUGCUUAUCUUAAUUCUCUUAAAAGACAUAACAGAACACAUACUGGAGAGAAUCUUUAUGAAUGUAACCAAUGUAGUAAAGCAUUUACAGAUCACCAUGUUCUUCAAAGGCAUAAAAGAACACAUACUAGUGAAAAACCUUAUAAGUGUAAUCAAUGUGGUAAAGCCUAUUCACAACACUGUCAUCUCCAAAUACAUAAAAGAACACAUACUGGAGAGAAGCCUUAUGAAUGUAAGCAUUGCAGUAAAGCCUUUUCUUGUGGUGAUCAACUUCGAAGGCAUGAAAGAAUUCAUACUGGAGAGAAACCUUGCAAAUGUAAUCAAUGUGGUAAAGCCUACGCACAUCACAGUAGUCUUCUAGUCCAUAAAAGAACACAUACUGGAGAGAAACCCUAUGAAUGUAACCAGUGUGGUAAAGCUUUUGCACGUCACAAUACUCUUCAGUACCAUAAGAGAACACAUACUGGAGAGAAGCCCUAUGAAUGUAACCAAUGUGGUAAAGUCUUUGCAUACCAAGGUAAUCUUCAAAUGCAUAAAAAAACACACACUGGAGAGAAACCCUAUGAAUGUAAUCACUUUGGCAAAGCCUUUAUAGGUAACCAUUCUCUUCAAUGGCAGAAAAGAAUGCACACUGGAGAAAAACCUUAUGAAGGUAAUCAAGGUGGUAAACCCUAUUCACAACAAGGUCAUCUCCAAAUACAUAAAAGAACACAUACUGGAGACAAACCUCAUAAAUGUAAUCAAUGUGGUAAAACCUUUGUACAUUACAAUCGCCUUCAAGUCCAUGAAAGAACCCAUACUCAAGAGAAGCCCUAUGAAUGUAGUCGACAUGGUAAAGCUGGUGCAUCUUCUGAUUCUCUUCAAAGACAUAUAAGAACACAUACUGGAGACAAACCUUAUGAAUGUAAUCAAUGUGGUAAAGCCUUUUCAUAUCCAGGUAAUCUCCAAAAACAUAAAAGAAUGCAUACUGGAGCAAAAUCUUAGAAACGUGAUGAGUGUGAUGAAUUGUUUCACAACACCGUAGUCUCCAAAUACAUAAAACACGUAUGGAGAGAAAUCUUAUGAAUGUUAAGCAAUGUGAUUAGUCCUUUGCCUCUCAUGUUCAACUUCAAAUGCAUGAAAUAAUUCAUACUGAAGUGAAUCCUUCUAAAUGUAAUUAAUGUGGUUAAUUACAUUAAUUAAUUAAUGUAAUGGUUGCAUUUUGUGAUUAUCUUCAAAGACAUAAACACAUACUGGAGUAAAACACUAUGAAUAUAAUCAAUAAAAGCCUUUGCAGGUCACAGUAGUCUCCAAAUACAUAAAAGAACACACAGUAGACAGAAACCCUAUGAAUGUAACCAAAGUGGUGAAGCCUUUGCAAGUCACAGUGAUCUUCAGAGAUGGUGGUUUAAAUUUGCUUGUGCCAUGGGAAAGUGGCACUAUUAGGAAGUGUGGCCUUGUUUGAGGAAUUGUAUCACUGUUGGGGUUGGCUUUGAGGUCUUAUCUUUAAGCUCUACCCAGAGCAGAAGAGAGUCUUCUGGUUGCCUUCUGAUCAAGGUAUAGAACUCUUUGUUCUUCCAGCACUGGAUACUGCCAUGCUUUUCACCUUGAUAAUAAUGGACUGAAACUCUGUAUCUGCAACGCCUCCCCAAUUAAAUGUUGUGUUUUAUAAGA